AUGAGUAGACAACUCCUUUCUGAGUUGGUUGUCUCACAUAAUAAAUAAACUUAAGAAAUAUAGCCAAGCUUUAGUGAGUUAGAUAACAAUAAACAGUUAAAAUCUAAGUAAUACAUUAUAGAUACAAAUAAUAUACAGUUAAAAAAUAGACUUUCUAGUUAAGAGAUUAUUAAUUUUAAUGAAUCUGAGUAAUUAGAGGCCAAUAAUAUCAAGAAUUUUGUUAAUCAAUCAAAUAAAUAUUGGAAGUAGGAAAGGGAAAUGUUUGCUUCAAGCAAAAAAUUGUCAUUGAGCUUUUAGUCAGAAAAUAUUGAUAACUCAAGCUGUGGUGGAAACAGUCAAAAUAAUUAAAUAAAUAAUUUCAACAGCAAUAACCAAAAUGAAAUAAAAAUAGGUAUUUAAGAUAUUUAGCUGGAAGAAAAUAGCAACAAUCAAGAUAAUACUCCAUUUACUGAAAUGAAUCUUGAUUAUAAUAAUGUUGAUUGGGGUAAUAAAAACUAACUCAAUUUGAAUUAGUACAGCUUUAUUGACUUUUAACUAAAUGCUUCAUAGCAGGAAUAUAUGAAAACUUCAAAUAGAAAAAGAAUAAACAAUAGCUACCAUAGCAACACGAAUAAAGAUUAAAAAAAUACUUCUAAUUUGGAAAAUAUACUUUCAAAUAUUGACAAUACUGAAGAAAUCUAAAGACCGUCGGAUUUUGUUUAGUUGGGUAAUAUUAAUAAAAUAGAUAAUGAUAUGAAUAGCUAGAAAACAAAAAAUACUUUAAAUGAAAUUAAGGCUGAAAAGCAGAAGGAAGAAUAUUAGUUUGCAUAGAGAAGGUCUAUUAGUAUAGAUUCAGCAACACCUAAUACAGCUUAGUUUAAAGAAAACCACAAUUAUAUUGCAAAAUAGAACUAAAAUAAAAACUAUUUACAAUUAGAAUUUGCUUCGAAAUCUAAUUUUAACUCUGCUGAGUGCAUGAGUCAGGAUUAAUUCAUCAAAGAAAUUGACACUUAGAGUAACUUUUCUCAGCCAAUAAAAGAUAAAACUGAAUAUACAGGAGCGAUCAACACUUAAAUUAACAAUUCUUUAUCUUUGUCUGACUACAAUUCUAAAAAUGGUAAAAAAGAGGUCACUCCUGUAAAUAAAUCACCUAACAAAUACACUGCACUUUCUAUCAACUAGUAAGGGAACACUUCAAAUGCUUAAUUUGUCUUUUCAUACACUAAUAAAUAAGCUACUUCUUUCCCUAAAUAAUUUAAAUUAAAUGAAUACUUUUUAGAAGUGCUAGAACUGAGUAACAAUAAAUUUAAAUAACUUCCUGAAGAAAUUUAUCAAUUUAAAUAACUGAAAAGGUUAAAAUUGGAUAAUAACUUUAUUAGAUAAAUUCCUUAAAUGCUCUUUAGCUUAAUAUUUUUGUAGGAUUUCUCUAUUUCAAAUAAUUUGAUUUCUGAGUUACCAAUAAAUAUUUCAAAUUAGUAGAGCUUGGUUACUUUAGAUAUCUCUAAAAAUAGAAUUACCCAUUUGCCAGAGCAAAUUUGUAAACUUAAAUAACUUUAAUCUUUAAAUAUAUCUAAUAAUGAGUUCACCUCUCUUCCAAUUUAGUUAAAGUAGCUUAUUGAUGGGAAUUUAAGAGAGCUCAUCUUAGAUUGGUUCAAAUAUUGUAAUCCGCCUUUAUCUAUUUAGUAAAUAAAUACUGAUAAUAAAGUUUAGUUAAAUAAAUAAUCUCAAGAAACCUAUCAGCAAAUAGGAAUAGCUAGCUAUUCCAAUUAAAUAGCAAAUCACUUGAAACAUGGAGGGGAUGUUAUCAGCCCUUUGAAGAAGCUAAGUCAGCUAUUGUUUCGACAAGAAUAGCAGCUUUAUUACUCAAAUUAAUUCAAUUAAAAAUAAGAAAAUGUAAUAAAAUUAAGCUAUUAUUAAGUAAACAAAUCUUUAGGAAAUCAAUACAGCUUUAGCUAAUUUGUAAAUGAAAUGUCAAGCAAUGGAUUUAUUAUAAAUAUAAGAAAUUUCAAAGGAUAAAAUAUGAUGCAUCUAGCAGCUGCUAAUGAAGAUAUAGGAGUUAUAGAUAGUUUAAAUUAAAUAGAUUUGACAUUAAAGAAUCAUUGUGAUUCAAAUUAACAUUCACCACUAUCUCUCUCUAUUUAUGAAGAGAAGUACUUUUCAGCUAAGAAAUUGCUACAACUUAAUGCUGAUCCAAAUGUAGGAGGAAGUAUCUAUGGAUCUCCUCUAAAUAUAGCUACCAUAAAGGGGCAAAUAUAUUUGAUCCAAGACAUAACAUCGAAAAAGGCUAACUUAAAUUUAUAAGAUGUAGAUGGAAAUACAAGUUUACAUUAUAUAAUGACAAUAUUUUCAAGAGAUAUAAGUAAUUCAGCAAAAAUAGCUGAAAUUUUAUUAGAGCAUGGUGCUGAUCCAAAUAUAAAAAAUAAGGAUGGAUGGACUCCGUUGCAUUUGGCAGUCAGGAGAUCUUAAUACAGUGCGGUUAAUUUUGCGAUUGACUACAAUAAGUUAGUCUAAAUGAAAAAGAAUUCAGAAAAUUGUUAGCAAUAAUAAUAGGAGUAUAAAAGCUUCUCAAGCUAUUGCAAGCCUCCUUUUAAAGUUGGAUAAAACAGUGAAAAUUCAAAUUAAAUUUAAAACUAAAUAAAAAAUAGAAAUUUAUAAGAAUUUGAUUUUACUAUGAAAGGGGGAGUAGAUAAAUGGUCUUGUUUACACAUAAGUUGUUAUAACAAUGAUGUCAAAAUGACGAAACUACUUUUGGCUUUAAAAGAAAUUGAUUUUUUUGCUCUCAACAGAAAGAACCAAACACCUCUUUUUUUAUCUUCGAAAGGUAAUUCUUUAUCAAAAUUGAUGAGGCUUUAACUACAGAAAAGGAUUUAUUCAGAUCUGUAAGUAAGCUUUGGAAAUCAAAAGCAGUAAGAUUAAAUUAAAAAAGCUGAUGAAAAUUAAAAAGACUUGCAAAUAAAAUUAAUUACUGAUGGAUGUAGCAGUCCAAUUAAUGCUCCCUUUAUUAUUUAAAGCUCAGAAAUAAAUACAAAAAAUUAAUAAAACAAUAAUGAUAAAUAUCCUUUAUAAAUAAAGCACAACUAAUAGCUUUCAAACAUAGGAUUUUCCUUGUAGAAUAAUAGCAUUGUUAAGCAGUCUAUUCUCCCUGACCAUUCUAGUAUUGGGAGCAUUUUAGCAAAUAUAACUUCUCCUUAAGAAAAAUAGCUGCCAUUUCAAAUCCAAAAGAAGUUUGUACAUAAGAUAUAGUCAAAAAAAGCAAUUAGUUACGAUUUAAUAAAUUUUGAUGAAGAUGAUGAAGACAACAAUGAUAUUUGUGAAAUUUCUAAUUAGCAUGACGAUUUUAAUCUAAGAGAGUUAGAUGAAAAUAAUCAGAUCAAAGAAAUUAGAAAAUCAAAGGAGGGAAACAUCACUGUGAUGGGGAAAAAAUAUAAUUAAAACAAAUCAGUGGAUAAUUCAUGUAAAAACUACAGCACAAUAAAUGAUUUUGAUAACUCGCCCAUGGCCCUUAAAAUUACUGAUAGAAAUUCUGAAUAAAAAAAAAUACAAAAUUAUUACUCUAUUUAAAAAAGGCAAAAGUGUCCAAUACCUCCUUAUUAAUCAUCCAACACGAAUAAGCAUUACGACUCAAAGAGUAACUAAUCAACAAACUAAAUAGAGUUGUUUACUCAAAGAAUAUGUAAGGUGCAGCAAAAACAAUUUGUUGAUGAAGAGCAAAGCGAAAUUCAAACAAGUAAUAGUAUAUAAGAGCUAAGUAAUCAGCGAAUUAGUAGCAACUAUUAUUUGGGAUGUAAUAGCCAAAGAGAUUCAAUAAAUAAAGUAAACAUUAACAAAGGGAUAUAUUGCAGUGAUUCUAAAAACACUCCUAUAAAAGAUAACAAUUUUGAAAAUUUGAAAAAUAAAAUCAAUAAAACAGAUAUUCAAUAAACAAAUAAGUCUCAUAAUUCCCAAUUUGAAAAUGAAUUAUUUGCCAAAGCUAAUCAAUCUAUAAAUAACUUAGAUUUUGAUAGUAUUAGCUUAAAUGCUGGUCAGAAUAUUAAAAUAUCUAUGAAAGAAUAAAAGAAGCUUAGUCAUAAUCUGUUGAGAUAUUCUCAUGAUGACUAGGAAGGAAAUAUUUUUAGUAUCCCCAAGUUGUAUUCGGGGGAUAAUCGUUAAUAAAUAGUUUUCCAAACAAUUUAAAACAUUUUUAGCUUAUUUAUCAGUGGAACAGUUUAAUAUAAAAAAUCUUUAACAGAAACAAUUUAAUGCUUAUCAGAUUAAUAUAAAUAAAUUGUUAUCAUAUUGAAGUUGUCUAUAGAAUCUUAUUUGAGAAUGUAGUAGUUUAUAUCAGAAAAUUGCAACUAUCUACCAUAAUCAUUCAAUAACAAUUAAACAUCAUCCCUUUCCUUGAACCAUAUACGAACUCAUACAGCUCUUCUUUUAUCUGAUCUUUUAUUUAGCAUAAACACAACUCCUAUCAAUUUUAAAACUUUAAUGCGCUUUGUUGAAGAUAAAAAUGAAGAAUUUUAAGAAAAUCUAAUUUUAUAAAGACAAUCUAAAGAUAAAUCUACUUGUCAGACUACCAGAUAAAACUAACCUAUCCCAGCAUCUUAAGGGGAUGCUGCUAGUGGAUCUUAAUCAGGCUAGUCCUCAGCUCGCUCAUUCAGAUCUAAUAGUUAAAGCCAAACUUUUACUUAGUAUUAUUCAUAACUAGUCCAUUAAAAAAAUUAGAACUCUAAAAAAUCCUGUCUCACAUAAAAAACGAAUAGCUCUAUUAGCGUUAUUUCAAAUAAUUCUUCAGCUAAUUAGUAAAAAGUAAAAGAAGAAAAUAAUAGUGAUGAUUAAUCAUAAAUUAAUUCAUGUGAAAGUAAUUCAAAUAAUUCAUUUUUAAUUAAGGAAUACCUAAUUUCCUCAUUAGCAAAAGUUGAUAUAUCUCCUGAAUUUAAUUAUUCUAAUCUUGAGAAGUUGCAGAAAGAGGAUCAAAAUAUAUUAAUCUAAUAUGAAUCAUUCUAAACAAAAGCUUAUUUUCAAACAAGAAAAAAUUUACAAGAUAAGAGUAUAGAAUUAUAGAAUACACCUUAAAAUACUUAAAAUUAAAAUACAUUUUAGAAUACCUAGCAAAGUUCAAGUGAACGUUCUAGAAACACUCCUAUAUUUAAACCACCCUCUUACAAAAAAACUACUACUGCUGCUGCUACUGUUUCAAGUAGUUUAAAUAGUGGUGUUAAUUAAGUCAAAAUUAUAAGCCACAAAGAGCUAAUUUCAUAAAAAUUAUCUUAAACCACUGAAAAUAACAACAAAAAUUAGCAUAAUUAAGUUUUCACGAAUUAAAGAACAGCUUUGAAUACUUCUUAAUAAGGUUCUUCCAUAAAUACCUCUAAUUAUAAUAAUAAUAAUUUUUACUUUGAUACAACAACUUCAAACAAAUAAAAUUCUAAUUUAUCAACUAUAAAUUACUCUAAUCAAAAUCAUACAUCUUAGCAAUCUCAACUCAUUUCUAAUGCAUCAAACAAAAAAAAUUAAAAUUUAUCAAUAAACUCUUCAAAUGUAAAUAUAACUCUGCAAACUUAAGUUGAUACUUGUUCAUAAAGAGAUUCUUAACCCUAAAAAUAAAAUAAUACAUCAACAACAACAACAACAACAAUAAUAAAUGCAAAUCAGAUAUUUUAGUAUUAAAAUAAAAGCUAAAGUAGCUAUAAUGGAUAUUUUAAUAGCCAAGUAUUGCAAGAUGUAUCAAAAGAUAAUAAAUAAAUUCCUUAAAGAUUAUUUUUAAAACAAGAAUCUUCAACUAAGACUAAUAUCUAGUAAAAUACUUUCCAUCAACCCAAAAUACUAAACUUUAACAGCUCAAGUUAACUUAGUAACCCGUCUGAAAAUUCAGUCAUAAAGCUUAUAACUAGUGAGUCAUCAGAAACACUAAAUAUGAAUGAAAACUUAGAAAAUCAAUUCUUAAAUGAUGAAGCAAAAAUUACAAAUAAAUACUUAAAUAACCAAAUAAAUAAGUUGCCAAAAUACAAAUGA